AUGCCAAGAAAAAUAAAGCAUGUAUCGGACUCUAAAAGAAAAAGAGCAAUUUUUAGCUGUGAUUGGUGCAAACUUCGCAAGAGGGCAUGUUGUCGGUUCAAAAAUGGAACAAGAGUAUUUGACGGGAACACACCUUGUACAGAAUGUGUUAAAGGAAAAAGAAACUGUAUUACAACCAUUAAACGAAGGGCAAGAAAUCAUGGACAAAACUCAGAUUUGAAGUACCAUUUAGAAUGCCUUCAAAGAAUUGUCAAAGCUAUGUUUCCUGAAACGGAUCCAAACAAUAUUGAUGAUCUCAGAAGUAUGGCCAAGGCUCUAUUUGUUUCCUUACCGGACACGGAUACCGGGAUCAAUAUCAAUGAUUCCAUUUUUAAGAGACAAUCUACUAAUUCUACCAAGGCGCAUAUCAAUUUUAGAGGAGGUUCGAACGUUUUUAAUGCAUUAUUGCAAUUAGGAGAUAAUAAUAAGGGUAAAGAUGACAUCUUACGAUUCGAAAAUCAUGGCUUAAAUUCAGCAAUUGGCUCGGCAGAGGUACCAAAUUUACGGAAAUAUUUAAUGAUUAACCUUAUUCCACAGUCCGAAGCUGAAAAAUACACUGAGGUCUUCUUUAAGAAGGUACAUUCAAGCUAUUUUAUUUUUAAUGAAGAAAGAUUCCGUAGCCGAAUGGACAUUUAUUUCAGAGAUUAUCCAGUUUUGGCGUCAAAUAAUUAUGAACAGUUCACCAGUGAAGAAAUAUGCACAAUGUAUUUAGUGUGGAUUUUAGGGCGAAAUACACUUUUAUCGAUGGGCGCUCCAAAUGAAAAUAUUAAUGUGGUAGCCGAUACCAUUAUUGCUCGUUAUCUCAGAGUCAUUAAUUUGUGUCUGUCUGAUUUUGUCUUUUCUAAGUCGAUUGAUAGCGUACGAAUGUUGUAUUUGGCUGCUCUAUAUCACGAUACUUUAAAAAAUAGGGAAACUUGCUGGCUUCUUCUCAGUAACUGUUGCUUGAAGUGUAUCAGUAUGGGUUUUCAUCGGAAUCAAUGCAUUCAGAAAUUGGACCCAGAUCUCCAAGAAGAAAUACGAAUAGUGUGGUGGUCCAGUUUUAGAUUACAAGUUAACAAUUCCGCUAUUUUGGGGAAGCUACCCGUAUUUUCUCUUCAGGACGUAAACUUGGAUCUACCAAAAUUGGAUUGCGUUGAAGAUCCAUUGUUUAAAGCCUCAUAUUUUAAAUCGGUAUCAUUAUUGAAGGUGAUGUACUCUGUUCUUAAAAACAGAGAAUAUCUUUUGUCUAGUAAUGACCCCUGGUCAAAGGAGAAUAUUGGUACAGUAAUGAAACUUCAAAGGUCUCUUAUACAUUGGAAAGAAACAUGCGAUAUUAAUCUUCAAAAUUAUAAGACGAAUCCCCCAAAGCGAUACUGCAUAAAAAUGCACCUGCAAUUCCAUUAUGUCUCGAUGUCUUUAAGUCUGCCAUAUUUAUUGGAGGUGAGUAUUAAAAUGAAAGGCCAUAUGAACAAUAAGACAGCCUUUUUGACACCGAUGUGUUAUGGUUUGUCGUCGGCAGUGGAACUUACAAAUGUCCUCCAGUUCUCUGUCGAAUCGCAUUUGAUAAACGGACUACUAUACUAUGAUCUUUUCUAUGCAUAUAAUGCUUUAAUGGUUUUAUUACUUGGCUACACAUUGACGAAGGAGAAGUCCAGCGACGAAAAUUCACAAAAUUAUAGUUUGGUAUUAUAUACGUUGGAAAAAACAUUUUCAAUCGAUUCCCUCUCUAUUCUGAAAGCCAUCGAAACAAUUCGAUCGGUUAACCAAAAGUAUGGGGAUAAAGCAGUAGGUGUUAUGAAAGAAUCAAGCAAAAAAAUUAAGCUGUUGCUAAAGCACUUCAAGCUAGACAACUCUAAUAAUGAAGUAACCAUAUACAGGAAGAAGGAACUGGAUGGUACACCAUCUGACACAAACUCUAUUAUAGCAGGUGCUCCAAAUUUCCAGAGCAUAUUUCAAAGUAGCGAAAACUUUCAAGAUAUCAUGAAUUACUAUUUUUCUUAUAAUUCACCAUCUGAAUGGACUAAUGUACUUUAA